GUAGGUUUAAUGGAAUACGACCACGAUGAUUCAUAUACGCCAAGACGGGUUUUUGGUAAAACAUUUCCUGUGAAGGUGACACCGGACAUGGUGUAUGAUCAAGUUGUUAAAAGAUCUUUGACCGAAUGGGCUAACUAUGAUAGAACAUUUUGCCCUGAUAGAGGUUACGUACUUGUUUACCCAGAUGGUCAAUUGGCACGAACAAUUCCUGGUGGGGACGAAGAAUUCGUGAUGGGCAAGUACAAAGAAGAACUUGGGAAAGCGUACUCAAGAAUAAGUUUGUACCUUUGCCCUGUAGCACCAAAACAGAAAGUGAGAGCGAAUGAUGUACUCAUCACUGAUCUACUUACCGAAAACGACGAUUUGGACCUCAAUAGUGAAUUACAAGAAGAAGUGCCUGAAAAUUGUAAUGGAAAUUUGGCAGUAUCUCCAGAAUCCAGUGGAAAUGGGUCUGGGGAAGCUGUUGCAACAUCCUAUGCUUUGACGGACUUUUUACCAGUUGGAGUUGAUGAGAAUGCUGCUGUGCAACAGGCCAUACGUAAUAGCUUGUCUAUGCAUGUCGAUGUGGAAGAUGCAGUUGGUGAUGCUAUCACUGACCUUGAAAUUCUCACAAGUGAUGGUUUCUUGAAUGCAGUUAAAGAGCAUGCAGCAAACAAAAUUCAAGGAGACCCUCGAAACAUUGUUGUUAGCCGAUUAAGCAUAUGGCGAACUGCGCUACCAUAUUUUAGAAGGAAAGGCUUCCUUAAGGAGGAAGAUGCCGUAGAUCAAAGUGGCCCAAGAAGAGAAUUCUUCCAUCUACUUCUUGGAGCUAUUGCACGAGACAGUGGAAUAAUGUGUAGCAUGCCAACAGGUUGUGUAAUUUGCUGCAAUGUUGGAGCCUUGAAUCAAGGAACAUUUUUGGCUGUUGGACACAUGUUGGCUACACUUGUUGUGCAAGGUGGAGAAUUGCCACGAAUAUUUAGCAAAUCUGUUUGCCAAUAUAUUGAGGCAGGGUUUGGCAGCUGUACACCAGAUAUAGAUGAGCUACCUGACAAGAACAUUAGAGAUUCUCUUUUAAAGCUGAAAGCUGCAAAGGAUCAAGGGGGUGUUGAUUCUUUUUUUGGCUGA